GUCGCGUUUAUCAAUCAAUACCAAGUCUCGAACUCCCAAAUACCGGAGUCCAGACGUCCAUUGCGUCUCUGCUCAAUGCUCAUAGCGUCAUAGUUCAUUCUAUAUUCACGGUCCGUACAUUACAUACGAUUCGGUAAUCGCAUUUCACCCGUUCACCGUACCUUCGCCUGACAGUGACGAUCUUGUGUCGUUGCUCUUGCCGAGCUUUCUUCGUUGUCGUCGAAUAUUGAAAUAAAUGUCAUUGUUGCCGUCCACUGAUUUGAAGAUUACGUAAAAUUAUUAUCUAGUUUCCCGCAAUUGCUACUACUACUACUACUACGCAGCACAUGUUUUCAAAAUUCCAACAAAGAAUGACAACUGUAUUUGAAMUACUUCAGUCCUUCAUCUUCCAAUAAUUCCAAGAGUUCAAUUUCUAAAGCUACCGUAUCCAUUGAAAUCAAUUUAUAAUUGGACAUCCAUUUUCAAUAACAUUAAUUACAAAGGGAUUUUCUAAAAAUGCAUCGAAGGUUUAAGUAAUUUCAAGUCAUUAAAUCAAUCUUCAAAAUGCAAACUCAACAACCUCCUACUAACUCAACAUUUAAAUUUAUUGAGCGUCGUAAAAAUGAAUGGCGUUGUCUACUCUGUUGUCACGUCAGAACGGGAACCAUUUUUCUUGGAUUAUGGCAUUUAAUGUUGCAAUUGCUUGCAUUAAGUACGAUUGGAGUAUUUUUGCGACACCCAGAAUUAUUAAAACCUGUUCAGAUAACAAGAACUUCAAUAGAACAUAAUGAAUUACCAACUGCCUUAGCUGAACGUAACAUUCCAACUUUUAAUGUAAAUUAUGUUUCGACUGACGGCUCUUCUGCAUUAUCAAACUAUGAUCAAGAUGAUAUGAUUGAACCGACAAUUGGAAGUACAAAGGGUGGAAAAUAUUAUACAUUUGGAAUGUUUAUGGGUCGUCCAUUGCAAAUGGAUGAUUUAAACUAUGGAGUUUUUGUAAUAUUUUUCACAAUAAUUAUUACUAUUUCCAUGAUUUAUGGUGCCAUCAAAGGAAAACCUAAAAUGUUAAUUCCAUUUUUUUGUAUGCAAUUGUUUGAUUUAUUUGUGACUAUAUUGUCGGCUUUUGGAUAUCUAUGUUAUUUACCAGACUUCCAUCGUCUCAUGAUCCGCACCGAAUCAGAAUAUAUGUCUAAUGGAAUUACUUCAUUAAAUCCUCGAUUUAUAUCAUUUAUAGUCAUUUUUUCUUUGUGUGUUUCAAUAAUAUCUAAGGGAUAUUUUGUUGGUGUAGUUUGGAGUUGUUACAAGUAUCUGACUUUAAAAAGAAGUUCAGCUCAACCUACUAUACAUUAUAUAGAAUCAAACUUUGUCGUUCAGAAUCUUUUACGCCCGGACUAUGAUUUUAACAUGAAAAAGUUCCCUCCUCCACCACCUUCUUACGCUGUUGCUGUUGGAGAAGAUAAUGCUACCCAUCCUGAUGUACCCCCACCUUCAUACAAUACUACUCAUUAGAGCAUAAUUCAAGAAGAUAAUAUUAUUUCUAGUUUUGAAACAUGUUUUUAAUGUAUCUUACAUUUGAGUUUAAAAAAAUACAUAUAUAAUAUAAUACUUAUCAGUAUAAAUUUAUUAUUAACUAGUUCCCUUGGAAAGACUGGAAGAAAUUUGUCAUGGAAACCAAUAUGUAAGAACGCUAAUCAAAUAUUUAAGUCAUUUAUUCUUAUGUACAAGUACAAUCUACUGUUACUUUUAUUCCUGUUGUAUAAGUUUAUUUGAAAUUUUAUGUAAUUUUUUUAUAUUAUGGUGCAAGUGUUAGUUAAUCUUCUUAAGUGUAUUUGUCUUAUUAUUUUUUUAAUAAUCACAAUUUUAAUAUAAUUGAUUUAAUAAUGUAUCCUAUUCAGAAAUAGCACAAUACAACUGAUAUUUGUUAAA